AUGGUCGCCCAUCUCCCGCCUGUGGUCAAACAGCUAGUGUCCCUCCGCAAUCCCCACUCUUUCCCUGGCCCCCCGGUCUCGAAACUCAACAGCAUCCUCUCCAGCACGUUCAAGGAUGCGCAAACCAAGAAAGUCGAGAAGGGCUGGCUCACUCUUGCAACAUGUACCCUCUUAACCGCCAACGUUCCCUCUUCCGUUGGACAUCUCUAUCACUUUGCCACUAGGGAUGAUCCGUUCAAAGUCGAGUCAAGACGCAGCCUUUCGGAGGCGCUACAAAAAGCAGCUAUCAUGCGUGAAUCUGCGUUGAAAAGCUGCAUAUUUGUUGGUGUCCCCCGGGUAAGCUCCGUCGUGCUCGUGCGCGAUACCCUGCACAUUCACUUAUUGCACAUCCUUCAUUCGGCCUCACCUUCCUUCCCCCAGACCAUCCUGUCGUUCGCGGGCAUGUUUGAAGCCUUCGAAGACGAUGUUCAGAAUGGUCUGCGAAAGGAGCCAACACAUAAACGGAUGGCUAUGCCCGAGAAUGUUGAGGCUAUCAAGGCCCGGGGACAAGCUUUGUGGGACAGCAUCUACCAGCCCCAUGCAGUGAAGCUCUAUAAUAAGCUAGGCGGAUAUCACCCCGAUUUCAUAGUCUUCAUCAUACAAGCAUAUGGUGCCGUGCUCUCCCCGAUGCCCGGUGGAGACAGUGAACAAGGGAAUCUCAGUCGUGCCCUGGGAUCGGUGGUUGGGACUGCAUGUCUUCGUGCAGAAGGCAGAGUCGGGCCGCAACUCGUCAGUCACGUCUUCGGUCUUCUCAAGGCACGCAACGUGGAAGGGCUGAGCGAAGAAGACUACUGGCUCGCUACUGAUGAAGGCACGGAAUGGGUCAUUCGCACCGUGGAUUCUAUCUUAGAUGUCGUGAAGGUGGAGGAAGGGGCUGAAUCGCAAGCGAAAUUAUAG